UGCAGCAGUCAUACAGGACACAAUCAGGAACCACAAGCUGAAAUAUUUUGUUAGGACCUUCCUGUUAAACUAUGAAGAGAAACUGAGAGUUGUUCAGAAUAUUUGAUUGUGUAUCUGUUGGUGCAGCUAUUUGUAUGGAAAGGAUUUCAAACAUGAUGUUAGAGACAGUCAAACUUUUAUAAACAAUGAUCUUCAACUAAAAAGAUUCAAGGGAACAGCUUGAUCAAUGGAUAGACUUCAGGGAUGGAUUGGGCUGAUUAUCAGUCUUAUGGUCUACCUAACAGAUCAUGGAUUUGGCUAUGCCAUCAUAGAAGGCCCCCAAAAUUUAACAGUUGUUGUGGGUUCUAUGGCCCGAUUUAACUGUACAGUAUCGAAUGGGUGGAAAAUUUUGAUAUGGCUUUUGAAUGGAGAUCCUAAGCUGUCUGUACCGAGUGUUGGAGACCCUAUUGUAACAGACAAUCGAUACACGCAGAAAGGUUAUAACACGGAUAGUGGGUUUACUUCAGAGCUGAUGAUCCAUGAUGUUCAGCUGAACGAUUCUGGACAAAUCAGAUGUAGCAUCCAGUAUAAUGAUGAUAAUAGAAGUGCAUUUCUUUCUGUGCAAAUUAAUGGAUCUUUGAAUAUCAAAAAUAUCAACUUCAUAAUGAAAAAGAACCAAACAAUUGAAAUAGUCUGUGAAGCCCUUGGAUGGUCUCCUGCUCCCCACAUUUCCUGGAUGAGAGAUAACCAUUUAUUAGAUCAUUCCAUGUAUGUGUCCAACUACAGUCAGGUAUCGAAUGGCUUAUACAAUGAAGAGAGCAUCUUAACUCUGACCCUAGAGACCAAUAAUGCUUUGGCUUGCUUAGCUGCCAUAGAUGCACUCUCUAAACCUCAGUCUGCAACUGUGACUGUGAACAUAGGUGAAACUUCCCCAAUAAUAGGAUGUGAUAAUGAAGAUUGGCGAAUCCGAACUAUAAUUUUAGCGGUUGUAUUGUCAGUUGUUCUUUUACUCCUUCUGAUCCUUAUUAUUCUCCUUAUUAUAUGUUGCUGCAAAAGAAAGAAAGAGUCCAACUAUCAAAAUGAGAUAAGAAAGAUUUCAGGGAAGAAAGAAAGAGAUAGAAAUUUGGAGACUGUAAGUCACAGUGGGAAGGAAAACUAUGGCUACAGUGAAGACCAAAUAGCACGAGAUCACACUUCCUUCCCAGUUAAACAAAACUUUUAUAACACAAAGCAAGAUCCAUAUGUGAGUUCUUCAUCAAAGGUGCCUAACAAUGGACUUCAAACUGAAGAACUUCCUUCAAGAACUACUGUUUACCCAGUUAAUCCACGCAAAAUCAGAAAUGUGACACUAAUAUAGGAAAGCACUCAAAACACCAAUAUCAUUUCUUACAGUUUCUUCAUAUGUUUUACCUGAGAAUCAGAAUCAGUAAGUAAUAAUCUCUGAGGAACUUUAGUGAAGAAGCCACUGCUGUCCCCCUUCCCCCCAUGGCAAUUUAGAAUAAAAACAGAACAAAUUUCCCUUUGAAUAUUUAUUUUCUGACUACUGUAAAAUUUACUGUAAAUUUUUACUGUAAAAUGGUGCAAGUUUCACUAACACCUUUGAUCUGUUAAUUCAAAAUAAGAUUUUGUUUAAUUAAACAUCUCUUUUUGUAUAUCAGUCAUAUUCUAAAUCAUGAGAUCAAUGAUUAAUUUUAUUUUUAAAAUGUAAGCACUUAUGAUUCAAGAUUAAUAAUCUUAUUGCAUAUUAAAAAAGCAAAUAUAUUUCUGAUUGCAUACAUCAGAUAGUGCUGACAUGGCAACAGGAACACAUGCAAGGAUAUGUACAAUUCAGAUUUAAAAUAAAUCCAACAUGGAUUUCUAUGGGAGCAGGUAGGAAAGCUUAAAUGAAAUGGAAUCCACUGUGACAUGGCAUUGAAUAGAUUCAAUAGUAUUGAUCCUUCUCCAGUCAAAAAGUACAAACAUGGCACCAUUUGUUUGUAAAAGAUGCAUGUAAAAUAGUGCAUAUACCUGAAAUUUGCAUUAAAAAGUAUAAAUUAGAGUGAUUUACAUUUUAAAGGGUUAACUAUUUGGGUAAUUUUUAAAAGAAAUUACAUCCAAACAAUUAAAUUAAAAUGCUUAUGCAGGAAAAUAUAUAUAGCAAUAUAUUUCCAAUAUAUUUUGCGAAAACUUAUAUGAAAUAUGUAUGUUGGAAAGCUUUGUUACACAUAUAAGUAUGUACAUAAACUAUGUUUAUUAGGGGAAAUUGCAUAUAGAAUUCCAUGUUGAGUAAAAUUGUAACAAAUCAGAACAGAUGUUUUUAAUGAUUAUUUUGUUAAACAUCCACUGAAACUGGAAUCUUCUCUUAAGGCGGGCAGUAAAAUAAAACUUUUAUAUUGAACUGAACAUCUGCAAUCAUAAUUGGACUGGUAGAUAGAUAGUAUAAUCAUGAAAUGAGAGUUUAUGUUUUUUAAAUAAUUUACAUUUCUACAAAAGAAAAAAUGAUAAAUUGUCAACACAAAAGUUUUGCUAUUAAUAUUUCAGAUAUUAUUGUGCCAAGCAACUUAACUCCCUCAGGUUUCACUUGCUAUUGCUUUGAGGUAUAUUGUCCAUUUAAUUAUAUUUUUUAUUACUUAGUUUACAUACAGUAAUGCUGAUUUUCUCUGUGUUAUACACCUGUCAUUUAAGAGCAUAGUUGGAAGUAGGAGUUAUUGAAAUUUAAUUGGGCAUGUCUCCUUCAAUAAGUUGAAUGACAUUUCUCAAACCACUUUUUCCUUGAAAAAUGUGUCAUUUUUUUCAAAAUCUUUGCAUAAAGUAUCUAUGAUUAUUACAAAUGCAUUUUACAUGAUUAUACUACCCAAAUAAAAUGUACCUAAUUUUCA